CGGCGGCCCCGUUUACCGGAAGUGAAGUUUUGGGUCCCGCUCGGGGAAGAGCCGGUGUCGGUCCGAGAGCGAGGAGGACGGAUCUCACCGGCCGCCGCCAUGUCUGGGAGAAACAACAACAAGCUGCCCAGCAACCUGCCGCAGCUGCAGAACCUGAUCAAGCGGGACCCCUCAGCCUACGUGGAGGAGUUUAUGCAGCAGUAUAAUCACUACAAGUCCAAUGUGGAAAUUUUCAAGUUACAACCAAAUAAACCCAGCAAAGAGCUGGCUGAAUUGGUGAUGUUCUUGGCCCAGGUGGGCCACUGUUAUCCAGAACAUCUGGUUGACUUCCCCCAACAGCUGAAGGAGCUUCUUUCUUACAACCACACCGUUUUGGAUGCUGGGCUUCGAAUGACAUUUUGCAAAGCUUUGAUGUUACUGAGAAACAGGAAUCUCAUCAACCCAACCAGUCUACUGGAGCUGUUCUUUGAACUUCUGCGUUGCCAUGAUAAGCUUCUGCGAAAGACUUUGUACACACAUAUUGUGACGGAUAUCAAGAAUAUCAAUGCCAAACACAAGAACAACAAAGUGAACGUCGUGUUGCAGAACUUCAUGUACACCAUGUUAAGAGACAGUAACGCCACGGCUGCCAAGAUCUCUCUGGACGUGAUGAUCGAGCUGUACAAGAGAAACAUCUGGAAUGAUACCAAAACUGUCAAUGUGAUCACAACCGCAUGCUUUUCUAAAGUGACCAAGAUACUAGUUGCUGGUUUAAAAUUCUUCCUUGGUAAAGAUGAAGAUGAGAAACAAGACAGCGAUUCUGAAUCUGAGGAUGAUGGCCCCACAGCAAGAGAUUUGCUUGUUAAAUAUGCCACAGGAAAGAAAACCUCCAAACACAAAAAGAAAUUGGAAAAGGCCAUGAAAGUCUUGAAAAAACAAAAGAAGAAGAAGAAGCCAGAGGUGUUUAAUUUCUCAGCCAUUCAUUUGAUUCAUGAUCCCCAAGAUUUUGCAGAGAAGCUUCUGAAGCAGCUGGAGACCUCUAAAGAGAGAUUUGAAGUCAAGAUGAUGCUCAUGGACCUUAUCUCCAGAUUAGUGGGAAUUCAUGAGCUUUUUCUUUUUAACUUCUAUCCCUUCAUACAGCGGUUCCUCCAGCCCCACCAGAGAGAGGUGACGAAGAUUCUUCUCUUUGCUGCCCAGGCAGCCCAUCAGCUCGUACCCCCUGAGAUCGUUGAGUCCUUGCUAAUGACUGUGGCCAACAACUUUGUCACCGACAAGAACUCUGGGGAGGUUAUGACUGUUGGAAUCAAUGCUAUAAAAGAGAUCACGGCUCGAUGCCCCCUGGCCAUGACUGAAGACCUCCUCCAGGAUCUGGCCCAAUACAAAUCCCAUAAAGACAAGAAUGUGAUGAUGUCUGCUAGAACAUUGAUUCAGCUCUUCCGAACCCUGAAUCCACAAAUGUUGCAGAAGAAAUUCAGGGGCAAACCCACAGAGGCUUCAGUAGAAGCAAGAAUUCAAGAAUAUGGCGAAUUAGAUGCCAAAGAUUACAUUCCAGGGGCUGAAGUUCUUGAUAUUGAGAAAAAGGAAGCGGAUGAAGAGGAUGACGAUGAUGGGUGGGAAAGCGCCAGCCUCAGUGAGGACGAUGACGAAGAUGGCGAGUGGGUCCAGGUGCACCAUUCCUCUGAUGAAGAGCAACAGGAAAUAGCUGAGAAGCUAAAGAGUGUGCCGGUGGCGGAGCGAAAGGCCAAGGCAGCUGCCGUAAGCACCAGCCGGGUUCUAACCCAAGAAGACUUCCAGAAAAUCCGCCUCGCCCAGCUGAGGAAAGAAAUGGACGCUGCCCCCGGGAAAUCCCAGAAGAGGAAGAAUUUUGACAUAGACAGUGAAGAGGAAAAGAGGGGGGAGUUACUUUCCUUGAGGGACAUUGAACAUCUCCAUAAAAAGCCCAAGUCCGACAAAGAGACAAGACUAGCAACCGCGAUGGCUGGGAAGACAGACAGAAAAGAAUUUGUGAAGAGGAAAACCAAGCUGAACCCAUUUGCUAGUUCUACAAAUAAAGAAAAGAAAAAACAGAAGAAUUUUAUGAUGAUGAGGUACAGCCAUAACAUCCGGUCCAAAACGAAACGAUCCUUCAGAGAAAAACAGUUGGCUCUACGGGACGCACUUUUGAAAAAGAGGAAAAAGCUGAUGAAGUAACCAUCACAGGGGAGUGACAAAGUGCCAUUUUUGCCAUAUUGCUUUGGAAUAGCAAGGGAUUCUUUUUGACUAAGGGCAGGGAGCUCCGUGUGUUGGAAGGUGUAGACUCAAAGAACCUCAGAGCUGGAAGAGGCCUCCGGAGCCAUCCGUCCAGCCCAGAUCCUCCCCAGAAGGAAUCCCCCUACACACAAGAGUCCAUCCUGAGAACUGACCACUCGCCUGUGCUUAAUGAUCCUGUGGGGAGGAUGCCCUGAUUGACUGCACAGAAUGUCGCAUUAGUUAAAAAUAUUUUUAUUGCAGAGAUGGGAAAUUCCCAGGAUCUAUAAAAAUUUAUAAAAAAGAACUAAUUUAUUUUUCCGGUGGACAUCCAUUUCAUGGGUCAGCCCAGGAUGGUAUGGCGCAGAUGACAAUGCAGGUGUAAGUCCUAACUUGAUAAACCGCCGUGUGUUUGCCCAAUGAGUCUGGUAGCUGACCUACACACAUUUGGGCAAAUUACUAGAAUUCAUACCAAAGGGUUAAAUAUGUUUUUAGUAUGCAUAAGGCAAUAAUUGGUGAACAUCUUGCUUUAAAAAAAUAAACCGAAUUGUACAUAA